AAUGCUUGAUAAUUGGUACAUCUCUUAAGCUAUUAAAUAGUGAUUCCAUUCGAAAAGGCUUGUUAUACACUCCAACCAUGGGAGAACACAUAGAAGAUGAGGUUGUAGUGUCUUUUGAACAGAAAAGAGGAAUCAAUUAUUAGCAUGAAUACAUGAGACUAUACAUUGCAAACGUAGUCUUAACUUAAUAACUUAAAGAGUUAUUAUAAGAAAAAGGAGAUUUGAUUUCCAAGAUUAAUAGAUUCGAAGUAUUUAAUAAUCAAUAAUAAUUAGGAGACAGAAAUUGUCAAGACUAAUCCAAGAAAGUAAGACUAUGAAGAAUCAAAGAAAAUAGAAUAACCAAGUAAAAAAUAAAUAGGUAUCUCAUCAAUAAUUAUCAUUAGUGUAGAGGGUUAAAUUAAAUAUAAUGAUGAAAAUGUUGUACACAAUCAUCAAUAUUAAACUCGAAAAUUAAUUAAGAAAAAUUGAAA